CCGCCCGCCUUUCUGUCUCCUUUCUCCCUCCGUACUGGCCGGCCCGGGUCCAUUUCCGGGCUCCGGGUAUUCGGUAUUGAUCAGGGCCGGGGGCGCGGUAGCAGGUGGCUGCGGCGGCGCAGCCUGCUGCGUCCGGGUCGGUCUCCCGCCGCCCUUGUCGCUAGCCCUUGCACGACGGCCCGUCCCGUCCUCCGGGCCCGAGCGCUGCCGGCUGGACUUUGCGCCGCGUCGGGCGCUGCUGCUGCUGCGCGCCGGGCCGUGCUCUGUGCAGGCGGCGGCCGGGAAGCCGGAGGCGAAGUGCAGCCCGGACCCCAGGCCAACAUGGCUGAAGUCACCAUCGACCAGUCCAAGCUGCCGGGAGUCAAGGAAGUGUGCCGAGAUUUUGCUGUCCUGGAGGACCACUCCUUGGCCCACAGCCUGCAGGAACAAGAGAUUGAGCAUCAUUUGGCAUCGAAUGUUCAACGGAACCGUUUGGUCCAGCAUGAUCUGCAGGUGGCUAAGCAGCUUCAAGAGGAAGAUCUGAAAGCCCAGGCUCAGCUGCAGAAGCGCUAUAAAGACCUUGAACAGCAAGACUGUGAAAUUGCUCAGGAGAUUCAGGAGAAGCUGGCUAUUGAGGCAGAGAGACGACGCAUUCAGGAGAAGAAGGAUGAGGACAUUGCUCGACUCUUGCAAGAAAAGGAGUUACAGGAAGAGAAAAAGCGAAAGAAACACUUUCCAGAGUCUUCUGGAGUCAGUGCUUAUGGUGAUAGUUACUAUUAUGAAGAUGGAGACCAGCCACGGUCAAGGAGGGCAAGGGAGUUGGGUUCAGGAAGCUCAAGGCCUUGUAGACUCCAGCAUGAGGAAAAGGCUGUGAAGCCCAGGAGGGAGACACCUAGACAUCCACAGGAGAACUUGGGAGGACCGGAAGAGCACUGUUCGUCAGAGAAACCUCCAUCAUCUUCUAGCUCCGGUCAAGUGAGGGAUGAUCCCCAAGUUAACACUGAGCCCGAAAGAAAACGCUGUGGCCACGAGAGGCUCCGGAGACCUCCCCUCCCCAAGAUCAGCGGUGAGGUGUUUCUGAGCACCGAAUCGGAUGACUGGGAGGCUCACUCUAGCCAUCGAACUCGGAACUGGGAAAAACAGUUCAAACUGCAAGACCAGCUCUCUCCCAAAACCUCACGGAAAGAGGGGCUUCCCUGCAAGGAAGCCGUUUAUAGGAGGGACCAUGGGCAAGGUGAGCACAGAGAGAGGAAACGCAGGCCCCGGACCCCUCCCUUCUCAGAGAGUGAGGAGCAGCUCCCGCUCCGAGACACAGGAAUGAAGCCCAGAGUGAUGAAAGAAGCAGUUUCUACUCCGUCACGAGUGACCCACAGAGAUCAGGAAUGGUAUGAUGCUGAAAUUGCCAGAAAACUUCAAGAAGAAGAAAUUUUGGCCACCCAGGUGGACAUGAGAGCAGCUCAAGUUGCUCAGGAUGAGGAAAUUGCUAGACUCCUAAUGGCUGAAGAAAAGAAAGCUUACAAGAAAGCCAAGGAGCGGGAGAAAUCCUCUUUGGACAAAAGAAAACAUGACCCCGAGUGGAAGCCCAAAACAGCUAAAUCAGCACACUCAAAGUCAAAAGAGAGUGAUGAACCUCACCGUUCUAAGAAUGACAGACCAGCACGGCCACCACCACCUGCCAUGACAGAUGCUGAGGGUUUGGAUUACACUCCUUCUGGAAACCAGCAUAAUUCCACACGUCACUACUCAAAGUCAGAGUCUUCUCAUAAAGGUUUCCAUUAUAAACCGUAAAAACCUAGGAAUCUGCCUUGAAAACGGACUCACUGUAGCAAAAUUACUGGAUGAUACAGAACGCAUUCCACGCUUAUUUUUUUCUGCCUCUAUUUUGUAUUCCUGAGAUUUAUCCUCAAGUGUUUUUUGGACCAUGAAUAUUUUUCAUUCAUUUAAAAUAUUUUGGUUAUUCCUGAUCACUUGGGCAGUACAAGAAAAUCUAGCUUCUGAAUAUUGGCCAUCUCUAUGGAGCAUAUACAUCCUGGGGUAUAGUAUCUAAGAGCUCUAUAAAAUGCCAUUUUCAUUAGGUAUGGAGUAUUGAUAUUUAAUGAAUAGGCUUUACUUAGCAGUUAGGAUUUUGUGGAGGUAAUGAUUGAAGUAAAACAUAAUGUUUGGAUGCAAUGCAGAAUAAAAGAAUAUAAGAAAUAGCC